AUGUGUCUCUGUAAUACGGUCCGCCAACUGGUAAAAGAAUAUGACGAGACAAAAGCCGAAAGCAUAGCUUCUGAACUCAAUCACCAUCUAUCAGCCGUUCGAUCGAUCUUAUCCAAGUCGAAAUUGCUUGCUCGUACCACUCACUAUCACGUCACACCCACAAAUCAACGAACAGCCAAGAUUCUGUCCAUACAAUCGCUCAACUCGGACCGCGUCAAUGACGUCUAUGAAAGAUUUAGGUUCGACUUGGAAGGCUUCUGGACGCCCUCCGAUACCUUGGCCCACGUCGAAUUACAUCGUCGGCUGGCUUGCAUCGUCAUAUUCCUCAGAUCCGAGUUGAACGCUCCAGCCUUGGUGCCACCGCACAUCGCUCGCUUCUUCGAGGGCCAGAAAGAUUCAGAACUCCGGCAUGCCGGGAGGAAGUAUAUCAAGAUGGCCCGUCGAAUUGGCAAUAUCGGAUCGGUCUUGUGGUUGCCCCUGGAUGUCCCGUUUUCUACAUACGAGAGAUAUGUCAAUAUCAACGAUGAAGAGAUCUUUUCUCACCUCAAGUCUAUUUUCUCGGGGGCCCCAAACCGUGAUGAAUUUGUGCGGAAUCUAAUUCUCGGCCAACUAAAGGGUAUACUCGCCACUCCCCUUCACUCGUUCUCUAGCUCAUAUCCAAAAAUAGAUCCCUCUCUGCCAUUAUCAAGUCACAAUCUCUUUGUCAACUACGCUGACUUUCUGGCGGACACGGACGUACUGCUCCUUCUUCUAGAAGCCUUUGGUGGCCACAACAUUCCUGAUACUCUUCUGCGGAGCGUGAGCUCUCCUCAAAGGCGGUGGAAUGCAGCCGGCGAGAUACAAACUACCGAUGCCACUCAAUUUGGUCUACCAUCUGAGUUGGUAGAUGUGUUGUCGGAUAACGCCCGGCUUGCCCAGUCUCUCACUUCUGUAUACAUCAAGAAGCACACACUCGACGAUGGGACUGUAACAUGGUCCAUUGACCCUGUGUCUAACCCCCAGCUCUUUUCCACUCUUUUACCCGAGGUAGCGGAAGCUUUGAGGAGUGUUGCCCUUAAACUCUUGUGCUUUGCUUGUCCACCUUGCUACGAAGGCAAUACCGCUUGGUCCCCACUGACCAAGAGUCUGGUAUGGGACUUGAUGCAUAAAUUAAUCCAAGAAAACAACAAGAUCGCCAUCUCACUCAAAGAUCAAUUUCUCGAUGCCCUCCUCUACUUCUCCGAGCGGGACUCUUUCUCGAUCCGUUGCCUAGCUACCCAUGUUGCCAGGGCCUUUUUGCGGCCCUCGAUGCCGUAUUACUUGCAUGCUUCGGUGAUAUUGUUCCAGAGUAUCUUGUACCGCCUUGAAGGGGGUUUUAUAGAGUCAGAUACUCACAUAGGCCAUUUUCUCUGCCAAAAUCGCCGUCCUAUCACCCGCAGGGACCACGCAUUAAAAGGCAGACUUCACCUCGUUGUGAUCGAGAAUAAGAUCCAACGCCACGACAGCGAUACAGCUUUACGAAUCUACGAAUGGAAGGCGGAGCACCCGCCUUCGGACCUUGAGCUUGAAGUCACACGUCGCCUCCAGGGUGUCGCGGCGAGUUUCUUUCAGUCCAUGGGUGAUUUUGACAAUGCAAGAGAAUCACUGGAGCAGUAUCUAAAUCUUGGCACUGUCCAGCCCAUCCGAACGACGACACGGCGUCUCAUAGUCGCCAGGCUAGCAGACAUUUAUUGUGAGAUCGGCUGGUACGACAAAGCAAAUGAACUUCUCGGAGCAGAGUUGGAGAAUAUGCGAGAACCUGACAAGAAAAGCCGGCCCUGCCGAAGACUGCUGUUGGCAUCAGUGGAAGCCAACAUUGGACAAGGCAGAACAGACAUUGCUGAGUCGACUAUUCAAGACCUAGCUGCCAUCGAACCAGCGGGGCUAGAAGAAAUGAACGACCAGUUGCUGCGUAUGCGAAGACUCAUGACCACAUCUCGCGUGGCUCACCAAAAAGGUCAUUUCCAAGACGCUCUUCGUUUAUGGAAAUUCACGCUGCAAGAAAUGGAACAUUUCACGGCAUUCUAUGCCAAGUACGGCUUCAUCGCGGUGGUAAUCCAUCUUUCCAUCGCCCAUGCCCAAAUCGAGUUGGGUGAGGUGGAAGAUGGCAAGAGGUCAUGGGAUAUCGCGGCAGACAUGCUCAAAAGCCAGCGGUGUGAAUACGGGAUUCCCAUAGUGUCUACGAGUUGGCUGAAGAACGUUGCUGGAGCAAUCCACCAAUUAAAGGGAUGGCCGUUGAGGGUGAUGCUGCCUGGCAACAAACCUGAUCUCACAUGGGUGUAG